GGCUUCACCUCGCCACCGGAUGAGGUUGGUGCCCCAGGAAUUGUGGUUGGUGUGUGUGUUGAUGGUGAGCAUGUCUGGAAAGAAGGAUCGGGCUAUUCUGAUGUUGAGAAUCGUGUCCACUGCAACUCGGAGACAGUCAUGAGGAUAGCCAGCAUCUCCAAGGUUAUCACCAUGACGAUAGUUGCCAAGCUGAUGGAGAACAAUCAACUUGAUAUUGAUAAACCGGUUCAAGAAUAUGUGAAGGAAUUUCCAGAGAAAACCUUUGAGGGGGAAAAGGUUACCAUAACAACGCGUCAUCUAUUGUCACACGUGAGCGGGAUCAGACACUAUGAGACGGCUGAAGAGAUUCAGAAGAAGAAGCAAGAAAAGGAACGAGAGAAGAAAGAAGGCAAGAAGUUGGUCAAGAACGAGAAUGAGUUAAAGAUGAAGGAGUAUAAUCUGAAAGAGAAAUAUGCGAGUGUGAAGGAUGCCUUGAUGAUCUUUAAAGAUGAUGAGUUGAUACAUAAGCCAGGCACUGAGUUCCUCUACUCAACUCAUGCUUGGACGCUUGUUAGUGCUGUGUUAGAGGGCGCCACUAAGAAGGAAUUCCCGGACAUGCUGCGUAGUUUAUUCAAAGAGCUUGGCAUGACGAGGACGUAUCUAGAUGAAAACGAGCCGCUGAUUUAUGGAAGAUCAAGGUUUUAUGAAAGGAACAAUAAAGGUAAAAUAAUGAAUACACCAUACGUGGACAACUCUUACAAGUGGGCUGGAGGUGGAUUACUUUCAACUGUUGGAGACUUGUUAAAGUUUGGCAAUGUUAUUUUAUACAGUUACCAAUGGCAUCCAAACAACUUUUUUUCUGAGCGGUCUACCGGAAUUCAUAUGUCUAAUAAAUCAGAGGAGUUGGUUGUAAAUCAUGAAAAAGACAUAAUCAAAGCAAAAGGCCUUCCAGGAUAUUUAAGUCGGCAGACUAUAGUAAAGACUUGGGACGUGAAUGAGAAGGCCAAGUGCUCAUGGGAUAAGAAUGGUCACUUUGCUUUAGGCUGGGCUGUUGUUCCUGAGAAGAAGACGAAUGGUUGUUGUCAGGAGCAGCGUUUCUAUAUCUCACAUACAGGUGGAGCUGUUGGUGCUUCCAGUGCCUUGGUUAUCCUUCCACGUGAGGGUGAAGGCAGUCAAACAGUGCCCCCUAGUGGUGUGGUUGUUGGUAUAAUAACAAAUCUGAGUAGUGUUGGACUUGCUAAGGUUGCCAUGGAGAUAGCUGCUUUAUUUGAAGAUGUUCCCAUGCCGAUUCAAGGCAAGUAACUUCUUC